UUUCUUUUUGUUUAUACGCCUUUCUGGCGUGCUGCGCAAACGGUUUGUUUAUGAUCCACACGGCACAACUGUUCCGCUACGGCCAUCCCACUACGGCAUCGUUAUAAAUGUCCUAUUUUUAGUCUUUAUCGCAUAUCAUGACUCUUUGAAAUGCGGUUCGAGUGGGUUAUAUCCUACCAUACCGUUUGCUUUGCGAAGCAGCUGGGGCAAUCAACAGAGCAUCCCACCCAGCAGCAACAUCGCACAGCAUGAGGGUGGUGGUUCUUUUAUUUUGCAUAUUCUUUGCAUGGGCGGGUCUGGUAUCGGUGAAUGGCAAUGCCGAGAUGGAGCAGGCAUACAAGGAGGCUGAGCCGCAGGUCACCUUUAUCGAUCCAAACGAGUUUACAACGACCAUUAGCAAGGGAGCGUGGCUAGUGUUUUUUGGCUCAAAGUCCUGUCCUCACUGUCGAAAGUUUACACCGACAUGGCUGGAGGCACAGCGAAAGGUAAAGGCCAUGAAGAAAGACUUUCACCUAGGGAAAGUGGAAUGCACUGGGAGGGCAGUCAAUGAAGAUCUGUGUACGGAUCAAAAGAUUGAAUUCUAUCCCACCGUGAAACUAUAUCUCAAUGGAAAGUUGAUGGACACACCUGAUGACAUCAAGGAGAUUAGCAAGUUGAUGAAUUACAUCGAAAGCAAGAUCACGGUGCUUCUGCCUGGAUCCGAGCCCCAGCAAAAGUCAGCGGACUCUGGACAGUCCAAAGAGGAUAAGGCCGCGGUAAACCGAGAGCAAGAAGCGCUGGUGAAGCAGGAACGUGCCGCCACUGACAGUCUGAAUGAAGCGAUCAAGGAACUCCAAGCCAUUGUGGACGCUAGCACCAAACCAAAUAGAGGGAUCAAUCCCGACGGUCGAUUUGUUCAGUUGACCGAAAAGACGUUUGCAAUCAUGACGAACAAUACUCCAUGGUUUGUCAUGUUUCAUGCCCCCUGGUGCCCUCAUUGCCAAAAACUCAAGCCGGUGUUCGAAGAUCUUGCACCGGCGCUGAAGGGCCUUGUCAACGUUGGGGAGGUUGAUUGCACCCGUGAGGGCAGCAUAUGCAAACAAUUUGGUGUUCGCGGUUAUCCGACGCUCAAAUUUCUUCAACAGCCGUCACCGCCUAUUGAGUAUCGGGGGUCACGGUCAUUCGAUGCCCUGCGGGAUUAUGCACUAGGAUUUAGCAGCCAACCGGCCUUUACACCUGUGAAAGCUUCAGAGAUUCCCGCAAUAUGGAAACAAAAGGAAGUGUCAUACUUUCUCUUGUACGAUCCUCGGACAAUGCCAAAGUCUGCUCUUAACGCUGUAAUUACCGUAGCAAAAGCGUUGCGCAACGAAGCGUCGUUCUUUGUAACCCCGGAUUCUGCUGCGCGUGAACUUUUUAAGGCACCGCCGUCCGGCCCAUAUCUGUUCGCGGUAAAGGACCAUGGUGAUACACUCAUCAGGCACACUGGAGAUCUGGACGACACAUUGGCGGCUAGACAGUACAUUCGACAAUUUGUCUUGGAUAAUCGAUAUCCACGUGUCCUUCAUUUGGAUUCUGACAAUCAAGAGCAGGUCCUUGGUGGGGACAAGUUGGUAGUAAUGGCGAUCAUCGAUCCCUCUUCGCCUCGAAGUGGGAGCGUCCUAAAAACUUUGAAAGACAGCUCCAUUGCGUGGAGCAAAAAAGAGAAGGAAGAGAACAUGCAUAAUUUGGUGGUUGUCACAUGGUUGGAUGGUGUCAAGUGGCACAACUACAUUGAGAGAGUCUACGGGAUAAGUCAAGACCAGUUGCCAACUUUGAUUAUCGCGGAUCCAAAGGAGGAUAAAUAUUACGACACGGAUAAAGGUGGACGCGGUAUUGGCUUUGAGAAGGAAUCGCUAUUGCAAAACAUCAACGAUAUCCUGGAGGGAACCGCAUCGCCAAAAUACACGUCCGGGUUUUUGGGUCGUUUAGGGUACAAUAUCUCAAAAGGUAUUGACCGUUCAAUGGUAUUCUUGAAAAGCAAUAUGAUGUUAUUGCUAGUGUUCGGGGGCUUGUUUGUGGCAUUUUACAUGGCCGGUGGUGUUCCAGGAUUUCGAAGACCACGGCAAGAUCCCAAGGCAGAGUAAGCUUGCCCAUCUAAGGUCUUAGGUAGAGCUGGCCGACAGUUGUACUUUGGACGCUUGAUUCAGGACUUCAUAAGAUGAUGAUCAAUUCAUCGCUUUGACGCCAAUGGCGAUUGGCUAAUUGAUCCUUAUUGUUCAAUCCGUCCUGAGUGUUUCAACUCUGUAAUCUUCAUGACUGAAGACGUUGCUGCAGGAAUAUGGCACUGAGAU